CUCCUCCUCCUCCGGUCUGCAUCGCCAACCUCUCUCUCUCUCUCUCUCUCUCUGUGAGUACUCCAAUGGCUUUGUAUGCGAACACCCAGAAGCUCUAUCUCGGUUCGCCAGCAAGUGGGCACGAUGCAAGAACUAGGAGCAACAGCAAGAGAGCGAGAAUAUUGGUGAUCAGAGCGGCAGCGUCCUCGUCGUCGUCCGCCGCGGGAGUGGCGUACGAGAAGGGACAGCUGGAGAGGCCCAAAUGGGCGGGGGAGACACCGCUCUCUCGCCUGGUCGGAGCCGUCAUCUCAUUCAAGCCUAUCUAUUCUCUUCUCAAGCUCGGCGCUCGGCAAGUCCUCAUCAGCACAGCUGAGAAGAAUGACGUCCCAUGGCGAGACAUGACGAGACAGAUUCUGGAAUCAGAUGUUUAUAAGGAGCUAGACAGCAUUCAAAACCCUUCACUUGAGUACCCAGAUUAUUAUCUGAGUCCUUUCCAUGCUUAUGAUGAGGGUAACCUUUCAUGGACGGCUGCAGCAGAAGCAGAGCCUGCCACAAAGUCGAUGUCUAUACGAGCAGUACCUGAUGCUAGAUCAGCGGAUGAGGCAACUCAAGUAGUGCGUGGAAAUUGGCUUGAGGCAAUUGAAAAGCACCAUAGACAGCACUCUGGUGGUUCCAUGGUUCGAGACAUUCUGGAUGUCGGAUGCUCAGUAGGUAUUAGCACUGGUUAUCUUGCCGACACAUUCCCUUCGGCAAAAGUCACCGGGCUAGAUCUGUCGCCGUAUUUUCUCUCUGUGGCUCAGUUUAAUGAGAGAAAGAGGUCCCAAAGAACAGUACCAAUUCAGUGGAUACAUGCUAAUGGGGAAGAUACAGGCUUGUCAUCCAAAUCAUUUGACCUCGUUUCAAUUUCUCUAAUGUUUCAUGAAUGUCCUACUAGAGCAAUAAACAAUGUAGUAAAGGAAUCGCUUCGGCUACUUCGACCUGGCGGCACCAUUGCCAUAAUGGAUCAAGCACCAUCCUCCAAGGUUCUUCAGAAUUUGUCGCCUGUGCUGUUUACACUAUUGAAGAGUACUGAACCCUUCCUAGAUGAGUAUUAUCUGACUGAUUUGGAAGGAACACUAAGGGAAGCGGGGUUCGUGAAUGUAACAGAUGUCCUAACAGAUUCGAGACACAGAACUGUGACAGCAACCGUGCCUCGUUAAAUAUGUGGUUGCGAGGAUGUCUUUUGCUUCCAGAGCCACAGUAAAUGGCGAAAAAUAAGAUGUCAUUUUUUUGAACCUUCAUAUUAAAGCUCUAUGAGGAAAACAAGAUAGUUUCGUAAAUGAUUGUUGAUCAUUGUCCGCCUCAGUAUCCAGAGUCGCAUCUUGAGCAGCUGUUGGUUCUCAAAA